AUGGCCAACCCCAAAGUCGGUCGCCAGCUUUCAGGCGAUAGCUCUAACAUUGCUGGCACGCUACCCAUGCUCAACAUUGCCAACACUACGAGGAACAACAUAGUAGCUGUUCUCGGGGAAUUCGUCGGAACAUUCCUCUUCCUCUUCUUUUCAUUCGCCGGCACACAAGUUGCCAACACGCCUCUUGGGGCACCAGGGUCGGAUCCAAACCUUCCAUCCAUCGUUUUCAUAGCGCUUUCAUUCGGCGUAUCCCUUACGGCAAAUGUGUGGGCAUUUUACCGAGUCACAGGUGGGAUGUUCAACCCAGUGGUAACUCUCGCCCUCACCGUUUGCGGUGGUCUGCCACCUCUGAGGGCUCUCCUCAUCAUGCCCACUCAAAUCAUUGCUGGACUAUGUGCAGCCGGGGUCGCUUCUGCAAUGUUUCCCGGUCCCCUAUCUGUUACCACAGGACUAGGCGGGGGUACGAACACGGCCCAGGGUUUCUUCAUCGAGGUCAUUUUGACCACCCAGCUGGUGUUUGUCAUCCUUAUGUUGGCCGUUGAGAAGCAUCGCUCCACAUUCCUUGCCCCUGUAGGCAUUGGUCUGUCAUUUUUCCUUGCCGAACUCACUGGCGUGUACUUCACCGGCGGUUCCCUCAACCCAGCUCGAUCUUUUGGACCUGCCGCUGUGAAUGGGAUAUUCCCCAGCUACCAUUGGAUUUACUGGCUUGGUCCAGUGACUGGUUCUCUGAUUGCCUGUGGAUUCUAUCUCCUAUUGCACAACCUUCGAUAUUAUGAGUGUAACCCCGGUCAGGAUGAUGAUGGCCACGAAAUGCGCAGUGAGCGCAGUUUCAAGCCUUGA